CGCGCGCGCGGCGCCGAGGACCGCGGCCCUGCCCCUCCGGCCAGGGCCCGGGGGCCGUGCGGGGCGGGAGCCUCGGAAACCGGCGCCGGAAUCCGCGCCCCAAGGACUCCGCCGCGGGGUCCACGUGGACCCUGGGCCGCGGCGGGACUGGAGCCCGUCCCCGCGCGUGGGGGAGGGGCCGUUGCAACCGGGUUCCCCUUUUCUGCAGCUCAAAGCCUGGGGAAGUGAUUGCUCAAAGCGGGGGUGGGGGGGCCGGAAGAACCCAGGUUUCCGCGUCUCCCGUCCCCCGCCUCAGCCUGUGGGGAGGGGCCGAGGCGGGACACCCGGUUUGCCCCCGCCCCCACCCUGUUGGAUCUGGCAGCCACUCAUCCCUGCCAGUCGCAGGGGAGGCGCUGCGCCCCCGGCCCGAGCCGAUCGGGGGCUCCUGGCGCCAGCCUCGCUCCAGAACGCGCAGGAGGACCUCCUGCCGUCUGACUUGAGUCCUGCUGCUGCAGUACACGCCCCUUCGGCAGCCAGGGUGGGGCCCAGAGCGAACCUGGCCCCUCCCGCCCCUGCCUCGCCUUUGGGUCGCUGGACGUCCCGCCCCAGCCCCAAGUCCUACUCAAGUCCUCCUUGUCGCAGGCCUGGUCUGCUGCCCCUGCUGAGUCCCCAGGAGCAGAGCCCCAGGCUGUGGUGAGGGUCCUGGAGCAGGCACCACGGAGCCCCGGCAACCUCUUCCACCCACCCAUGCCCACCCCGCCUGAGGCUGAGAAGCAGCACACAGGGCCAGAGGAGGGGGACCAGCCUCCCUCCAUGUCCGGUCCCGAUGCGGCCCCCCCGGCCCCCCCCGGGCGAAGCCCCUGCUGCUUGUGCUGGUGCUGCUGUUGCAGCUGCUCUUGGAACGAGGAGAGGCGGCGAGCGUGGCGAGCCUCCCGGGAGAGCAGGCUGCAGCCCCUCCCCAGCUGCGAAGCCUGUGCCACGCCGAGCCCCGAGGAGGUUCGGAGCUGGGCGCAGUCCUUCGACAAGCUGAUGCACAGCCCAGCGGGCCGCAGCGUGUUCCGGGAGUUCCUGCGCACCGAGUACAGCGAGGAGAACAUGCUCUUCUGGCUGGCGUGCGAGGAGCUCAAGGCCGAGGCCAACCAGCACGUGGUGGACGAGAAGGCGCGCCUCAUCUACGAGGACUAUGUGUCCAUCUUGUCCCCCAAGGAGGUGAGCCUGGACUCCCGGGUGCGGGAGGGCAUCAACAAGAAGAUGCAGGAGCCGUCGGCGCACACGUUUGACGACGCGCAGCUGCAGAUUUACACGCUGAUGCACCGAGACUCCUACCCCCGCUUCCUCAGCUCCCCCGCCUACCGCGCCCUGCUGCUCCGGGGGCGCUCCACGUCCUCCAGUGAAGCCUAGACUGCCCACCGUGGCCGCCUGGACGCGGGACCCCUCCCGCGGGCAGAGACUCCUUUCACAAGAGCGCUUCACGUGUGGGGCACACCCGCCGGGCCCAGCGCCCCGGGGCGGUCCCAGGCAGGAGCUCCAGGUGCAGGGCAGGCCAGAAGCCCCCUUCCCCACCCAGAGGACCCAGCGCCCCAGGAUCCAGCUGAGAAGCAGGCGUGAGGGCCUCUGGGCCUAGGCGGCCCCUCCAGCACCACCACCCCCACUGAGCGCUUCCUGCUGGGGAUCCCACCUGGUGAAAGGAGGCGCCCUCCCUGAAAGCAUCCUGGACCCACAAAGCUCACAAGGUCCUCCUCCCCGGGCCCCUGGGGGCCCUGAGAAAUGCCUUUGGUGGAGAACAGAACCUCUGUACUGUCCAGUUCUGUGACAAGAGGAGACCUCCAGCUGGUGCCAUCUGCACCCCGGGAUCAGACCCAGGACCUCAGAACGAGGCUCAAGGCAGCAGGACCCGGUUUCUCUUUUAUAUGUUCAUUGAGUUUAAACCAGGAAA